UCAGCUGAUCAAUCCCAUUCCUGUCUGCUUUAUAGUAGUUCUGAUAGUUAUGUCUGGAAAGGAUAAACUUGCAAUUUUCCCCUCUCGGGGCGCACAAAUGUUAAUGAAAUCCCGUUUACAGGGAGCACAAAAAGGUCAUGGCUUGUUGAAAAAGAAAGCAGAUGCAUUGCAAAUGCGUUUUAGAUUAAUCUUGGGUAAAAUUAUUGAGACAAAAACACUUAUGGGAGAAGUAAUGAAAGAAGCAGCUUUCUCAUUAGCUGAAGCAAAAUUUGCAACUGGAGAUUUUAAUCAAGUAGUUCUUCAGAAUGUGACAAAAGCACAAAUUAAAAUUCGUUCUAAAAAAGAUAACGUCGCAGGUGUUAACCUUCCAGUGUUUGAAUCAUACCAAGAUGGCACAGACACAUAUGAAUUAGCAGGUUUGGCAAGAGGUGGUCAACAAUUAGCCAAGUUGAAAAAGAAUUAUCAAAGAGCAAUCAAGUUGUUGGUAGAAUUAGCAUCUUUACAGACAAGUUUCGUAACCUUAGAUGAGGUUAUUAAAAUCACAAAUCGUCGUGUAAAUGCUAUCGAGCAUGUCAUCAUUCCAAGAAUUGAAAGGACUCUUGCUUAUAUCAUUUCUGAACUGGACGAAUUGGAGAGAGAAGAGUUCUAUCGUCUAAAGAAGAUACAAGAUAAAAAGAAACAAGCAAAGGCUAAGCUUGAAGUUGCUAAAGCUGCAAUGGUAGGUGUCGGGAACGACGUAUAUACUCCAAAUAUGUUGGAUGAAGGAGACGAUGAUAUUUUAUUCUAAAAACUGUAAAUAGAUUCUUUUCACAUGCUAAAGUAUUACGAAAAAGUAUGUUUCAAUUCUGAGUGAAUGUGUUAAAAGUGUGAAUAUUGAAGUAUGAUUAAACAAAAUGAUUUAAUCCUUUCACAAAUAUCCUUAGACAAUAUUAGUCUUACAGUACAGCUAUGUUACA